CCCGCGGGGCCGCCGCUCCAGCUGCCUGGACGCUGCGUGGCUUCCGGGUCUGGGCGCUCGCUACCCUGCCGCUCCCCGCUCGCCGGUGGGGCCUGGGUCUUCUCGCCGAGAAGUGCUGCCAGGUGCUUAGCUGUGCCGCCGCCUCGUGCUGGCACAGUUCGCCCGCUUCCCAGGCUACCUUCCUCAUUUCUCCGUUUCUCAUUAGUGGGCGCGGCGGGAGGGUGCAAACUGAAAAGAAAGUGGUAUUGUUGAAUGACUAAAGGAACUCUAGCCAAGAGAGGAAUUGGGAAAUAUUCCUUGCAAAUUGUUGAUUAAUCUCGGGAUGGAUUUUAAACUCGAACACACUUGGGACGGUUUUCCAGUGGAGCAUGAGCCUGUGUUGGUGAGGCUGAAUCCAGGUGAGGGAGGGGUGAUGGUGGAAGUCAGUGCCCCGUUUUUCAACGAUCCUCCAGCCCCACUUGGAGAACCAGGAAAGCCUUUCAAUGGCCUGUGGGAUUACGAAGUCGUGGAAGCAUUUUUCUUGAAUGAUGUAACUGAACAGUAUUUAGAAGUUGAACUUUGUCCCCAUGGACAGCACUUAGUGCUGUUACUCUCUGGAAGAAGAAAUGUGUGGAAACAAGAACUUGCUUUAUCAUUCAAAGUGUCCAGAGGAGAGAUAAAAUGGGAAGGCAGAGCUUAUCUUCCUUGGAGCUAUUUUCCACCAAAUGUGACAAAAUUUAACUCGUUUGCAAUUCAUGGAUCAAAAGAUAAAAGAAGUUUUGAAGCCCUUUACCCCAUACCUCAGCAUGAACUGCAGCAAGGACAAACACCAGACUUCCAUCGUCUAGAAUAUUUCAAACCUUUCACUUUUAACACAUUGCUUGGAGAAGAAUGGAGACAACCAGAAUCAGACCUAUGGCUAAUAGAGAAACCUGAUGCACAGGAGUAUAAGCAAUAACUAUUCCAGUCAUUUUCCCUCUGUACCUUAUAAGGUAAAUCAAUAAGUACAAUCUAAGACACCAUGGACACAUUUCAACAAAAAAAUAUUUUCAUAGUGGUCACUCUAAAUGUAGUAUCUCUGUGGGAAAUUAUAUGCGAUUAACAAAAUAGAGAGUUUGUAGAUGAUUUCAUCUUUAAAUGAAAUGUUUCUUGGAGUCAUUUAGUCCAGUCAUUGGGUUCUAUCUUCUGCCUGUAUCGCUGUCACCCCAAAAUUCCUUAUUCUGUCAACCAAAAUCAUUAUUUCUCUCCCCAUUUCUUUAUGUUUUAGCCAGCCUGAGACUAAGAGAUCUUAAUUGCACAUCUUUAAGCUCCAAGUAAUAUACAAUAUUUUUCUUUACUACGAAUAUACUAUCCAUUUUUGAAAUUAGUAGAAAACAUUGACCCAUUUCAGUUGAACAGGAGAUCCACAUCUGUUAAGAUAUCACUAAGAAACAUGAGUUAUUUAAACAACUGUUUUUCCUGACUUGAGACUGUUUAUAACUCUUCAGAAAGAAAUGAAGUAGUCUUAAAUUCAGGCAAGGGACUCUGCUUUCAUUUACAAAUAAAUGACUUUUUUUUUUUUUGCA